AUGUGUGCACCCCAGGAGCAUAUCCACCUGUGCAGCCCAGGAGCACAUCCACGUGCUCACUCUGGGGGCAGCUGCAAGGGGAAGGCAGCAGGGUUCCCUUCCCACCCCGGGGCGAGGCUGUGCUCUGCGGCGCCCAUCGUGGAGGUGGCGGGGGGCCAUAAACAGAUGAGUCAGCCUUGUGCGUCCAGGUGCCUUCCUCAUUUCCUAGAUGCCAUGCUGCAACACAGUCAGACAUUCAUCAAGUUACCAAACACUCUACAACAGCAACAGAAAGUCAAUGAAGGUUUAUAUGUCAUUGCUAGUUUCCUGAGUAUCCAGGGAGUGAUUGACUGCAUUCACAUUCCCACUGUGGCACCAGUAGAUAAUGAGAUGUAUAGGAGCAGGAAGCCUUCCCACAGCAUGAACAUGCAGUCAUACAAGUUUCUGCCAAGUGGAGUAGGUCAAAUGACAUCUUUUGAUCAGGCCUGUCCAAAGAGAUCAAAGAUGAAUGGCAGGUUCCACGAGCCUCACGCUCCCCGAUCACUCUGCAUUAAAUAUGUCAUUAAACGGCGUGAGCGCCGCGUCAGGGCCGUCACUGCAGCACGGCUCCGAGGAGACGGACACUUGACUGUGAGGCCUCUUGGCAGGGAGUUUGGGAGUGGAGUCCCAUCCAAUUUGUCAGGCAGCAGUGGUCUCCUCUCUGCGGAGGCUGGCGGUGGCAGGGACCCGUCACCUGCCGGGCGAGCGCCGCAGCAGAAGCGACAGGGCGCUUAUGCAGCCGCAUCCCGGGCAAGGAGCGCGGGCACGCCGGGCAUGGGCUCAGGGAGAGCUCAGCCCCAUCUGCCUGCGCUGGCAAGCGCUCACCCCAACCUCUGGGCAUCGCACAGACAGCAGCCCUUCAUCCUGCCCCGCUGCGGAGCCUCGGCACGCGAGCGCGAGCUCAAACGGCGCCCCUUCCCAGUGGCGCUGGGGUCUGGAUGGGCUUCUCAUGGGGCCUGGAUGGGCUUCUCCUGGGGCCUGGAUGGGCUUCUCAUGGCCUAUGUUUCAGACGAACUAAAAGCAGCAGCGCUGGUGGAAGAAGAUGUGGAACCUGAUGAAAACGCAGUUGAUGGGGAGCCUUCAGCAAAGUAUGCAUGUCCAGAAAAAGACUUCAGUAAGAACUGCCAAAGCUACCAAAACUCUCCAGCAGCCGAGUUCUCUAGCCAUGAAAUGGACAGUGAGUCCCACAUCAGUGAGACAAGUGACCGCAUGGCAGACUUUGAGAGCAGCUCCAUUAAAAAUGAGGAAGAGAGCAAGGAGGUUUCCAUACCACUGGAAGACUCUACGGUGUCUGAUAGUUUAGAACAAAUGAAGGCCGUGUAUAACAACUUCCUCUCCAAUUCCUACUGGUCCAAUCUCAAUUUGAACCUUCACCAGCCAAUUUCGGAAAAAAACAACGGUAGCAGCAGCAGUAGCAGCAGCAGCAGCAGCAGUUGUGGAAGUGGCAGCUUUGACUGGCACCAGACUGCGAUGGCCAAAACACUGCAGCAAGUUUCUCAGAGCAGAAUUCUGCCUGAACCGAGCCUUUUUAGCACAGUCCAGCUGUACAGACAGAGCAGUAAGCUCUAUGGCUCUAUAUUCACCGGAGCCAGUAAAUUCCGCUGUAAAGACUGCAGUGCUGCCUACGAUACUUUGGUAGAAUUAACAGUGCACAUGAAUGAAACAGGACAUUAUCGGGAUGACAACCAUGAAACAGAUAACAAUAACCCCAAAAGAUGGUCCAAACCUCGCAAACGUUCUUUGCUUGAAAUGGAGGGGAAAGAAGAUGCCCAGAAAGUGCUAAAGUGUAUGUACUGUGGUCAUUCAUUUGAAUCUCUUCAGGAUUUGAGUGUUCAUAUGAUCAAAACAAAACACUACCAAAAAGUGCCUCUGAAGGAACCUGUUACCCCUGUAGCAGCAAAAAUUAUCCCAGCUACUAGAAAGAAAGCAUCACUGGAGCUUGAACUUCCAAGUUCUCCAGACUCCACGGCUGGGACACCAAAAGCCGCAAUCUCAGAUAGUAAUGAUGCACUUCAAAAGAAUUCCAACCCCUACAUCACGCCAAAUAACCGCUACGGGCACCAGAACGGUGCCAGCUACGCUUGGCACUUUGAGGCAAGGAAAUCUCAGAUUCUGAAGUGCAUGGAGUGUGGAAGUUCGCAUGACACCCUGCAGGAGCUCACGGCUCACAUGAUGGUGACGGGACAUUUUAUCAAAGUCACUAACUCUGCCAUGAAAAAAGGGAAACCAAUUAUAGAAGCCCCAGCCACACCGACCAUAACAUCCUUAGUAGAUGAGAAGGUCCAGUCUGUGCCACUAGCUGCCACCACCUUUACAUCUCCUUCCAACACACCUUCUAGUGUUUCCCCUAAAUUAAAUGUUGAGAUUAAGAAAGAAGUAGAUAAGGAAAGAGUCAUUGCUGAUGAUAAAAUGAAAGACAAAGAGAAGUCAAGUGAAGAUGAGGAGAAGUAUGAUAUCUCCUCAAAAUACCAUUACUUGACUGAAAAUGACCUAGAAGAGAGCCCUAAGGGGGGGUUAGAUAUAUUGAAGUCUUUAGAAAACACGGUUACAUCAGCUAUAAACAAAGCCCAGAAUGGCACACCGAGCUGGGGUGGCUACCCCAGCAUUCAUGCUGCCUACCAGCUGCCUAAUAUGAUGAAGCUGUCCUUGGGCUCAUCUGGGAAGAGUACACCCUUAAAACCUAUGUUUGGAAACAACGAACUAGUAUCACCAACUAAGAACCAGCCCUUAGUGUCUCCACCCAGCAGUCAGACCUCACCCGUGCCAAAAACAAACUUUCAUGCCAUGGAAGAGUUGGUGAAGAAGGUCACUGAGAAGGUGGCUAAAGUGGAGGAGAAGAUGAAAGAGCCCGAAGGAAAGCUCUCCCCACUGAAGCGUGCGACGCCUUCGCCGUGCAGCAGUGAAGUCAGUGAACCCCUUAAGAUGGAGCCCCCCAAUGAUGGUGGCUUUAAAAGCCAGCAGAACAGCCCAGUUCCUCAGAGGGAUGGUUGCAAAGAUAGCCCAACUGUAGAACCUGUGGAAAAUGGGAAAGAGCCUGUGAAAUCCAUUGUAGGUUCUUUAAGUAGCAGCACAGCCAUCAUCACUGACCACCCUCCCGAACAGCCAUUUGUAAAUCCAUUAAGUGCACUGCAAUCCGUCAUGAAUAUUCACCUUGGCAAGGCGGCAAAGCCAUCCUUGCCCGCUCUGGAUCCAAUGAGCAUGCUUUUUAAAAUGAGCAACAGUUUGGCAGAAAAGGCUGCAGUGGCCACCCCACCUCUACAGUCCAAAAAAUCAGACCACUUAGACCGUUAUUUUUAUCAUGUCAACAAUGACCAACCCAUAGAUUUGACGAAAGGCAAGAGUGACAAAAGCUGCUCUUUGGGUUCAGCGCUUUUGUCAUCCACAUCGACAUCUUCUGCAUCUUCUUCAUCUACAGUGACAACAGCAAAGACAUCUGCAGUCGUGUCAUUCAUGUCAAACUCGCCGCUACGCGAGAAUGCCUUGUCAGAUAUAUCUGAUAUGCUGAAGAACCUGACAGAAAGUCACACAUCAAAAUCUUCCACACCUUCCAGCAUAUCUGAGAAAUCUGACAUUGAUGGUACCACAAUAGAGGAACCAGAAGAGAGUACACCAGCUCAGAAAAGGAAGGGACGUCAGUCUAACUGGAACCCUCAGCACUUGCUCAUAUUGCAGGCCCAGUUUGCAGCCAGCUUACGGCAGACUUCAGAGGGGAAAUACAUCAUGUCAGACUUGAGCCCUCAAGAAAGAAUGCACAUUUCCAGGUUUACGGGACUCUCAAUGACCACAAUUAGCCACUGGCUGGCCAAUGUGAAAUACCAGCUCCGAAGGACGGGGGGAACUAAGUUCCUUAAAAAUUUGGACACUGGGCACCCAGUGUUCUUUUGUAAUGACUGUGCUUCACAGAUCAGAACUCCUUCAACUUAUAUCAGUCAUCUUGAAUCGCAUCUGGGUUUCAGGUUAAGAGACUUGUCCAAACUGUCCAGUGAACAGAUUAACAAUCAGAUAGCACAAGCAAAGUCACCGUCUGAAAAGCUGGUGACGUCCUCUCCAGAGGAAGAUAUCGGAACUUCUUAUCAGUGCAAACUUUGUAACAGGACUUUUGCAAGCAAGCAUGCUGUUAAACUUCAUCUUAGUAAAACACAUGGGAAGUCACCAGAGGAUCAUCUUCUGUAUGUUUCAGAGUUAGAGAAGCAGUAGCAUUUGCUUUUGAUUAAAAUAACUGUAAUUUGCUUUGAGGAAAACUGUCAAAGACGCCUUAAAGCUACUGUUUAGUUCUUGGCACAUGUUCUUAUUUUAACUCCAGAGUCGCUCUGGGCUGAACUGUUUUGUAUAACUGUACAGUGUUUAAAUAGAGGUGCAUAAUCAGCUGUUGUUACUGGUAAAAUAUGAAGGUUAAAAUGCAGUGGUAAGUGUUUGGAACUUUGUGUAAAUUGGAU